AUGCGGUGGUCAUCACGGUUCUCCUUCGUCCUUCUCUGCGUUGCUCUCCUGGCCGUCGUUGUCAUCGGCCAGCAGCCGAUCCCCAACCGUCACCAUGGCCGCCAUCGUCGCCAGAUACUAAGCGGAGAUACUCCUCUCACGGACAGCAAUAACAAACUGCCUACGCCCACAGACCCGUCAAAGUCGGGCAACAACAGCGGGGACAAGAACACGACGCCACCAUCUACGCCGCCUACUUCUUCUCCCACCGAUGAGCCGACCACCAGCGACCACACCACAUCGGACAAGGUAACCACGCCUCCAACCUCUGACAAGCCGACCUCUACUCCGCCAACCUCGCCGCCGGACACUCCCACAACUCCUCCAACGAGUGAUCCAACCCCGACGGACACUCCCACGAGGCCAACCGAUAAGACAUCAAACAGCCCAACUCCCACGAACAACCAGCCAACAAACCAGCCUUCUCAAAAGCCCAAAACCACCCCGAAGCCGACUGCUACUCCCACGACCAUCAUCAUCAUCCAGACAUACACCAACAGUGAUGGAGCCGUCACCCAGUCGACUAUAUCGUCUGUCUCUACCCCACCGGCACCCGAACCCACCGUUGGCAGUGGUGGUAACGGCGGCAACGGCAGUGGCAUGAGCCCUCAAACCCGCAACACCAUCAUCGGUGUCGUCGUCGGUGUUGGCGGUGCCAUCAUCCUCGGCGGUCUAGCCAUCGUCUUCUUCAGACUACGACGCAAGAGAAAUGCUCGUGCUGACAACGAUGACGAUGAUCUGAUCCAGACCGGUGCCGCCGUGGGCUCUCAGACUCAUGAAGCUCCUGGAAACAGCCCGUUCAAGUCGACUCUCGACCAGUAUCAUAAGCCAGGACCAGUCAACCCGGCCUCCAAUUUCUAG